ACCCAGCUGUGGCUGAUUUUCUUUUCAUUCUGCUGAGGCAGACCCAAACACAAUUCUCAGAGAGCUGGAGUGAGGAAGGAUUUUGGCAUCCCCAUUGGACAAUGAGAUGUAUGACCUGUUGCUGUGCAGGUGGAAGAGGUUUUACCACUGAUGCCAGAGGACAAGGGUGGAAAGGACAUUCCCCUUGGUUCGCACUUAAGAAACAUCACCCAGCAUUGUUCUGCCCCUGAUGGCACCCAGAGGAGACCUGAGAAAAGGUUUAGAGCAGAGAUCUGAGGUCACUGUAGGAGUGCAUGUACUGGGAAAAGACACAGAUCCAAAGACAUUAGAGAAAGCACUGAUGCUGCCCCAACAUCAUCAAUGCUUUUUGGUGCUUAUCGUUCUUCCUACCAGAUUUGUGUCUUACAGCCAAACACCUGAACAACACCAGCUGCUUGUGAGGGGGCUGAGGAUUUUGCCUUAAUAUGGUCAUGGCAAAUAAUGAAUAAACUAUUGCCAGGUGCCUGAAACCCCUUCAUUAGCUCCAUGGCAGUGGACAUACAGCGACCUAUUGUGUUGAUGAGAUCAGGUAUAGAACGAUUGAGUGACUUACCUACAGCCAUACAAAAAAACAGCAUUGUUUCUUGAACUACUGCAGUCAUCAUCUUCCCUUCCUUUGGGAGCAGAUGUGGGCUGUGGUGUCUCACUGCAGGCUGGAUUAGCAGUGAACUACAUCAAUCCUUGGACGUUGUGCUCCCUGCAUGAAAGGGUGGUGGGAAUGGCUCCCAACUGAUCUGCUGGAAGAGAAACUUGAAGAUCUCUGUGAGAACUGAGGGUGGCAUCAAAAGCAAUAAGACAGAAAAUCCAAUCGCAGCAACCUGUGUUAUAUGGCACUGAAACAUCCAAAAUAUGCACUUCAGGGAGAAAAGAGCCUUAUGAAAUGUUCAGGAGACUUAGCACCAUGGGCAAAAGUCCUCAGUUCCUUUGAGAGUCGACCCAGCGGGCAGCAGCUGUGAAAUUCUCUUUUCUCUUUGCCUUGGCUCUGACCUGGGGAAACCUCAUCAGGAGAAAUACAAUUCAGAUCAUGGCUUGGCAAGCCCUUCACUGCAUCGGGACUUUGGUUUCCAGGUUCAUCUGGGGGCACAACAUAACCUCCAGCACUGGGCUCUUGCGCAAAAAUAGCAAUAGGCAAUGUGACAUUGUCAUGGCUGGUUCCCCUCGACCAGCAAGUCUUUUUUUUUCCUUCCUCAGAUCACCAUCUUCUAAUAAUAAUAAUAAAGAAUGGUUCUGGAUCAGUCCCCUAGCAAAAUUCCUCUUCCCUGCCGAUCAAAGCAUCAGAGUGAGGGCAGCAGUGAUACAUAGCUCCAUCCUGAUGAGCUGGCUCUGGAAAUAGGUCGGGAGGCUGAAGCAGCAGAGCUCCUGCGGGGGAUGAGAAAACUGCCCUGUGAUCUGAAAGGGAGGCUUCCCACGUGCUUGCGUUUGUUUCUGGAUGCAUGCAUAUACGACAAGCAGGUGGCCUAAGCACAGCAGUGGGGUAUCCGCUGGACACAGUGAAGGUGAGGAUUCAGACUGAGGGGCAUUACAAUGGCAUUUGGCACUGCAUUCAAGAAACAUACAGGACGGAAAGAGUUUUGGGAUUUUACAAAGGCGUGUCAGCAUCAGUCUUCACAGUGUCGCUGAUCUCUUCUGUUUCAUUCGGCACAUACAGAAACUUCCUUUGUAACAUCUGCAAGCUGCGCUAUGGCACAGCCGAUGCCAAGCCAUCUGGGUUGGAUGUUUCUCUGGCUGGAGGUGCUGCUGGUGCUGUGCGGGUUGUGCUUAUGACACCCAGUGAAGUAGCUAAAGUUCGAAUGCAGACCCAGAGGAACCCCCAUCCCUCUGUCACAUCCUCCCAGCCCUUUUCCAAGCCAAAGUACCGAGGGUCUCUGCACUGUCUGAAGGUGAUUGCCAAGGAGGAAGGCUUUGGGGGUCUCUACAAAGGCUGCUCUGCAUUGCUGUGCAGGGACUGCUCCUCUUCUGCAAUAUAUUUCCUGACAUACACUUCUCUCUGUGACUGGCUCACACCAGCUGAGAAGAACAAACCAGGUUUCCUGGUUGUGCUGCUUUCUGGGGGCUCUGCUGGAGUUCUGGCCUGGGGCCUGGCUACCCCCUUGGAUGUCCUCAAGUCACGGAUGCAGGUGGAUGAGUCAGGACAGCACAAGUACAAAGGCCUCAUCCACUGUGCAAGAGAAAGUGUCAGAAAGGAAGGGCUCAAAGUGCUGUUCAAAGGCCUGGGUUUGAACUGCAUCCGUGCCUUUCCUGUGAACAUGGUGGUGUUUGUCACAUAUGAAGCUGUGCUGAGGUUUACAGAUAAUUUUAUAAACAAAAAAUAGCUGAUGCAGCUCGAACAAAAAACGUAUUUUGUUCAGUUUGGUUUUGGAGCCCAACACACACACUGAGCUCUCCACUGAUGGGCAGCACUUGAAGCAGAGGCAUUUCAGCACAGCAUUGACCAACAGCCUCAUUUCCCUCUCAUAGGACUACAUACUCAUCAGGGAGGCUUGCACUUGUGCACAACCUCCCUUUUAUCUUGUUAAUGUACUGUAGCCACUGCUUAGGCCACUCAAAUAUUUGAUAUUUAUGUUUCAAAAAGCUGCCGGUCUAGGCUGAGAUUUUGGUAAAGAUUUAAUUCUAUUUUCUACCAGCACAGAAAAAAGUCUUAACUACUGAGGCAGAAAUCAAUGGUUUUGCGUACAAUAUAACACUACACCACACGUUCUCUUUAUAUGCAAUGCUGUAAGGUAUCCACCGAGCACUCUCCAUAUCUGUGUUUCCAGCCUGAGCAGGCAGGAUGUAAUUCUGCCCAGGUACUCUACAAUUACACCCCUUCAGUGGAAGCUGAAAUACGAAUCUCUUUCUUUUCCAGUUGUUCUUUUAAUGAGUGGCAGACUUAGUCUGCUUUGAUUGUCGAUCCUGCUUCAGGAGUAAAACAGAUGGUUUUGUUUCCAUGUUUCUCCCUGUAUGGUGACACCUGGAACAGAACGAAUCUACUGAUCUGCUACUGAAUCUGCUUUCUUGUUUUUGGAGGGAAAAAGGAAAGCUGCUUUUUAAAGGACUUCUUUUAGGGCUGAUAACCUUCUGGCCCCCUUUUACAAGCUCAUAGCAUAGACUUGGCUACACAUACAGUGAUUUUUUGCAGUACACACAACUUGGCAGCUACUUUGAACAGGGAAGAAUUAAUCUUGUACUAGAAGGACGAGUUCAGAAAUGUCAGGUGCUACUAGGAAGGAAUAAAGGUGAUUUCUUUCAGAGAGAAGCUAGUAAGAAAUUCCAGAGCUGUCCUUCUGAAACCUAAAGCCUUCAGCAGUUUCAGCUGUGCUAUCAAACAGCUCUCAGAAUGUUUGUCUCUUGUGAGUGUUAAUCUCUCACAUGUGAUCCAAGAGCAGCUUUAAGAUACCAGACAGGUACAGAGCACUGGGGGGGUUGAAAGAUCCAGCACAGAGUCUGAUUCUAUCCCACAGCAUGUAUGGCCUCAGUAACCUGUGACCCAUGCUUAGAUCUUUAGGGUGUCAGCUCCAAACCUCCUUUGGUUUGAAAGUCCUUAUAACAGAAAAUUUAAUGAAGUCUUCAUGAUUUGGGAUUUCUCUUAAGACUAAUGCUAAGAGGCUUCUACCCUCACCUCUCUAUGAGGGAUGUGUCUGGCUGAGGGCUGUCCCAGUAGGGUACUAACUCAUUCCAGCCCUGUCAGAAUAUUUUCUGAAAUCAAAUUCCUUUAUAGCAAAUUAUUCUCAGCUGACCUUACUUCUCAAUCACUACAGCCUGUGAACAGGCAGCAAAAUACAUAGCUGUAUGUCCAGCAAAACAACCAUUUAUUAUUAGAUAGCGUUGAUACUGUCUGUGGUCAGCCCAAGGCUUGAAAAUAAAGCCUAAUCAAAAGUAUCCCAACUUUCCCCAAUAGCCUCAAGCACUCAGAUGACUAGGAAUGUCUCUUGUGGUGGGCAUGACUUACACACAGCUUGUUUCAAGAAGCACCAAUUACAGAUGAAUUGGAAAAUUAGUGGGCCCAGCUGUGGAAGCCUGUGAGAGUGGCUGAGAACAGUGAGCCUCUUAAAGGUACUCAGUGUAAAAAGCAGGUUCUCCUUGGGCACGAAUGGAUAAAUACAACAUAAGAGGUAAGUUGUAUCUUACCAAUCUUAUCAAUUUGUUUUAUGUAUCUUUACUGCUUGCACUAUGUAGUGUGCUACGGCUCCUUACUGGAAAAAAAGAUAACAAACCCAAUAUACCCAGGGUCUGACUGACCACCUGCUUUGAGACAAGAUCUCACAGUAUCAAGGUGAAUUAGCCACCAGGCAAAGGUAUUGAAUGUACGAGUACUGUAAACCUAGGCAUGUAAAUAAGAACCAACUUUUCUUUAAUGAUGUGACAUGGCAUUUAUAUUGUGUACUCAACUCCAUAUGCAACAAGUUGUUUGCCUUGUAGAUUUCAGAACUUGGCUGCUCUAUUUUCUGAUUACUUUGUACUGCCUUGACCUUCAGCUUCUGUAUUUGCUGCUCUGAUAAUCGCAGAACUAUUUAUUCUGAUACAUUAUCUAGCUGAAGGCCAGCCAGCAGAAUGAAGACACCACAUAGCUCUCUGCAGAGACAAUUUCUUUCAGAAACAAACUUGCUGGCCUUGAAUAAAGAAAGCUUUCUUGAGAAGGCGCAUUGGGCUUCAUGUCAUUGAUAGCUCCUGUUUUGUUUUGUUUUUUUUCUUUCUUCUUCUGGCAAUGUUUAAGAAUAUCCAGGUAGGUUUCAAUGUGCCUCUUUGUGACUGGCAGAGUAAUGGGAAGCUGUUCACAAUUCAUGUUCCUUUCUAACUGCAAUGGUGGAGUCACAUUUAAGUAUUUUAUGUCAGACCUAUGGAAACGUUGCUCUAAUAGGUCACAUUGACUUAUCUAUUUCUGAGCUGGCUGCUAUGUAAGGAAAUUCAAUGUCCAGUCUUGCUUGCAACUAGUUAAUCUUUGGAGGACUGACCCUCGUUACUUUGCUCUGGUAGCAAGAUGGAGGUUACUCGUUAAGCUCAGAUAAAUGGGGUUAUAAAGCACUCUGUUUCACUGUUUGAAAGGCACCGGACAACAAAACAGUGAUCAAGUCCUUGUGAUGACUGAACAAUAGAGAAAGUGUAAAUGAAGCCUAUUAAAAGUUCAAUAAAUUAAUUCU